CGCGGCAGGUCGGCGCCACACACAGAGAGUUGCUUUCCGGGGUCGAGGCUCCACCACCGCGACCACGACUACCACCAGGAACACGAGCACCAUCGCCGCCCCCGACCUCUUCUCCGCCGCCCGGCCGUCGCGAGUUUUCCAUCCAUGGUGGCCGCAUUGGUGCCGACACGACGCGCAGCAGUUGUCUGGGCGCUGGCGACGUCAGUGUCGUUGCUGCUGAUGUACAGGUGCUACCAGGAGGAGUUUUCCCUGCUCGAUACCGUCAUUGGGCACGCAACAGGCACAGACAGCAGCAGAACCGGACCAGCUGCAGUCUGCCUGGAGGGUGUAGUGACAGUGCAACCUGGUGGCAGACUGGGGAACCUCGUGCUAGAGUACGCUUCUGCAGCUGCCGUGGCGCGGCACCACCAUCUGCAACUAGCUGUCCCAUCCAACAUUUCCACAUUGCUGGCUGCAGUCUUUGACAACCUCACUGCAGACCCUUUGUCCGUGCUUCUGCAGCAGCCUCCGUGCCGGGGACAGAAUCUUACUGAGAACAAAGUGCUGAACGACGAACAGAGACAGCCUCCACAUCCACUCACUGUAGAGGAAAUGGUGAGAUGGGCACAGAGUAGGCACAUGCCUGUCAUUCUCAGUCGCUGGAUCAUUCUGGCAGACUACAUCGUUUCCUCCUUGGAUUUCCUCCGCCAGGAACUCCGUUUCCGGGCGGUAAUACAGGACGCAGCCAACAAAAAACUGGAUAAUAUCACAAGCGAAACGGCCCACAAAACUGGUUUCAACAAGACUCAGGUGUGCACAGUCGGGGUUCACGUACGCAGAACAGACUACGGGCCAUACAUGAGGAAGCGGUUCCACCUGCAGCAGGAGGCCGGCCCCGCCUACUACGAGGCCGCAGCUGCAGCCAUGUUGGCAGACCUGCACAGCGAGUGCGCCGCUGUCGCCUUCGCAGUCACCAGCGAUGACAGCCGGUGGUGCCAACAGCACCUGCUGCCUGUCCUCUCCAGGAAGGCCUCAGCAGAUGCGGCCGCCAGCGUGGGGUUCUUGGUGUCAUCGAAGAGGCCUGCGGACGACCUGUGCCUUCUGUCCUCGUGUCAGCACCUCAUCAUGGCCUACGGCACCUUCGGGCUGACCGCGGCCAUCCUGUCCGGCGGCCGCACCAUCAUGUACGACACAGCCCACCACGGCGCCCACCCACUGCCUGCCGCUCAGAUGAUGACAUCACUGGUCCCUCAGUGGCGUCUCAUUCCAUAGCACCAGCUACUCGCUCCAUCCCGAAGGAUGAAGUCACUGGUGCAUCUUCCCACAGCGCCUCCUGUUUGUCUCAUCCCAAAUGAUGACAUCACUAAUACUGUACUGUUCUGUGCGUAGCUCGCAAGUGAGAGGAGACUGUAGGACAUGUGAAUCAUUGAAGACGCCAUCUUAACUUUUCUCAACUUUUAUUAAGAAUCCAUUCUCGAACCUUUUUGGAUUGACAACGUUUCAAUUUCAUUAUCAUACACGCCUACAACAAAGUACAAAGUAUUGUAUAGCGGAUGGACUACGAGAGGAAGAAUUUCAUACAGUUGCUUCGCAACUGAUAACCACCACCACGUUGUCAGGCGUUAAUGCUAGUAUUUGA